AUGGAUUUUGAGUCUCAAGAAACAAGAAGGAGUCAGUAUAUGAACGAUGAAAAUGUUCAUUUUGAGGUUAAUGAGGGAGCUGAAUAUGUUGAGUUUGACGAGGAAGUGUCAAAAACAGAAGCAACUGAGGAUCCAGAACACAGUGCGACUCAAGCGACUCAAGCAACUCAAGCUGUGCGUAAGAGACGCAAAACUUCACGUGUUUGGAAGGAUUUUGAGCCUGUUGGGAUUGAAUCAGAUGGGAAAGAAAGAAGCAAGUGUAUCCAUUGUGAGGCAAAGUUUGUGACCAACUCUAGAACCCAUGGAACUCAUCAUCUGCUAAGACAUUUAGAGAAGUGUCCCAAGAAGCCUAAGGAAGGAGAUAGGCCUGUCUAUGAUCAUCAGGUAGAUCGUGAAAUGAUGAGCGAAAUAAUCAUCUAUCACGAUCUUCCAUUUCGGUAUGUUGAAUAUGAGAAGGUGAGAGCAAGAGACAAGUAUCUCAAUCCUGAUUGCCAGCCAAUAUGCAGACAGACUGCAACAGCUGAUGUUUUCAAGAGGUAUGAAAUUGAAAAGGAUAAGCUUAGAGAGGUGUUAGCAAAGCAUGAUGGUCGGGUGUGUUUUACUUCAGAUUUAUGGAAAGACACUUGCACAAAUACAGGGUAUAUUUGUCUUACAGCUCACUUCAUUGAUUCUAGCUGGAGGUUAAGUAGUAAGAUACUAACUUUUUGUUAUCUCAAGGCUCCACACACUGGGGAAGAAAUGGCUAAUAAGGUUAUGGAGUGUAUGAAGGAUUGGGGUGUAGAGAAAAAAGUCUUCUCCAUUACUCUGGAUAACGCUGGCAACAAUAAUAGCAUGGUGAGACUUCUUCAGGGUCGAUUUGAGUUGGUAAAUGGUGGUGGCUUAUUGUGUGAUGGAAAGUUUGUGCAUGUCAGAUGCUGUGCUCAUAUACUCAAUCUCAUAGUGAAGGAAGGUUUAGAGUUAGCAAAGGAUUUGUUGGAAAACAUCAAAGAAAGUGUCACCUAUGUGAAAUCGUCUCAAGGAAGGAAGGAGGCUUUUCAUGCAUGUGCACUGAGAGAAGGAUUUAAAAAAUCAGGAUUAUCGCUUGAUGUUGCUACAAGAUGGAACUCUACUUACGAAAUGCUUGUAAGGGCCUUAAAGUUCAGGAAAGCGUUUGAGUACUUGUCAGUUUAUGACCUAAACUAUAAGUCAUUACCAUCUGAAGAAGAAUGGAACCGUGGAGAGAAACUCUGUGAAUUCCUAAAGCCUUUCUAUGUCAUCACCAAUCUGUUUUCAGGUUCAAAGUAUCCUACUUCCAACGUUUAUUUUACACAAGUUUGGAGGAUUCAACUACUACUAAUGAAGUUUUCCAGUUGUGAUGAUGCUGCUUUGGCUGAUAUGGCUGAGAGAAUGCAAGUGAAGUUUGACAAGUAUUGGGAAGAUUACAGCCUUGUUUUGGCCAUGGGAGCUGUUUUAGAUCCUAGAAUGAAGUUGUAUUUGCUUGAGAAAGCUUAUGAAGCAGUGGAUCCUCUUACUUCAAAGGUGAAAGUCAAAGAGCUUAAAGACAAUUUGAUUUUGCUCUACAAUGAUUAUGUUGCAAGAGCUCGUCCUAGUUCAAGAGUUACAACAAUACCAACUCCACAAGAGUUAGUCACUGAAUCUCCACUUGAAGAUGAUGACUUUGAUAUUGUAAAUAUUUUUGAUCUUGAAAGAAGCAUCGGAACUGGUGUGAGCAACACAAAGACACAUUUGGAUAUUUAUUUGGAGGAACCAAGACUUGAUAGAGCAUCUUUUCCAAGUUAUGAUGUCUUAGGCUAUUGGAAGGACAAUCAACAUCGAUUUGGUGAGUUAGCAAAGAUGGCUCGUGAUUUGCUGAGCAUACCAAUUACUACUGUAGCUUCAGAAUCUGCCUUCAGCAUUGGUUCUAGAGUAUUGACUCCAUAUAGAAACCGGUUACUUCCUGACAAUGUGCAAGCUCUACUUUGUACCCGAAAUUGGUUAAGAGGUUUUGCUGAAUCUGAAGAAGACGAAAACAACAAUCAACCUAAUGAAAAUGCUAUAAGCGGUUUAAGAGCAGGAGAAUCAAGCAUGCCAUGA